AUGACUGAUUCAGUGCUGCAGGCAGCAGGUCCUAUCGCCCUCCCUGAUGCGUUCACACCACUGGCCGAUGCUGCUGCAAUGUUUACCACGCCUGAGGAAUACAUCUAUUCUAGAAAGAUUUCUGUUUCAGCUUCUGUGAACACCCCAGGGGUGCUCAUCCCACCCCCCAGACGGAUUAGGUUCCUGACCCUGUGCUCCCACGGCACCCCGCACUCCUGGGAUGGGCAUGGACGGCUGUCCACGUGGAUCUGCCACUGGGCUCGGCCUCGUCCUCAUGCGGUGCGUCGGCUCUGCCGGGGCCAGGCCUGUCUGCCCUGCCCUCUCCGGGGCCUGCGUGUCACGCCCCAGUUCCCCUCCGCGGGGGCCGUUCAGCACCGACGAGGCAUGAGACGAUUCCGCAGAGUCACCACUACCAGGCCACCAGGACCCCUGGGCCACCCUGAGGCCCGGCUGCUUCCCAGCGGCGACUGUGUCGGGGACCGGGUCCAUCACAAUCCCACUUCUGCGUGCAAGAAACAGCGCUGGAAUCGCUCCUCCCCACGCUCAAUACAGAGACCUCUGCAGGCAUUAACUCUAAAGAAAAAACACCCCCAGAGUAACAUGUCGUGCUCUGCAGGACCUCCUGUGUCAGUCGGGUGGGUGUGGACGGGCGGCGGUCCAGGCUUCUGCUUCUGUGUUCUGCCCGACAGACGCCUCCCCAAAGCCGUGCGCUCUGCAGUCCAGACGCUCAAAGCCAAGUUCGAGUCCCAAAGCCUUGGACGAACUCUGAACGAGCCGCUUUUCAUUCAACGCGCACACACGUGCUCUUCUUGCGUGGGCACACGCCUCUGUCUAAUUGGAAAGCAGUUUCUGUGUGAGACGUUGGGAAAGAAGGAGCUGGAGUCUCUGAAGAGCCCGUUUCGGUUGCUCGGGAGUCCCGGCUGCUGGGUUCAGCAUGUGCUGGCCCGGCAGAGAGCAGGUGGGAGGGAUCCAACCGGCUGGCGCCCUCCCGCAGAAAGGCCAGCUCUGAUGUCAGUGGAGGUCUGGUGUACAGGGAGCCAGGCUGUGCUGGGUCUGAUCCGGAUCCUACUUUACAUGACUCAGGAAGAGACUGUGGCAAAACCAUUGAGAGGGAUGAAUCAGAAAUUGGCAGAAUAAAUGACACAAAAUCCCAGAUCAAAGCUCUAAUCCCAUUACCCAUGCGGAUGAUCCUCCGAGAGAGGCAUGGAAGGACACGGCCGUGCAUGAAGAGAAAAAUGGCUCUGAAACUGACACGGCCUCUUUUGUUCAAACAAAACAGACCCCUCAGUGCCCACAUCCAAACCAGGACCCCCAAGCCCAGACGCACGGUCUGUCUGCUGAAGGCUGCGUGGGGUGUGUCGGCUGCCGCCGUCCCUGUCGGUGUGAGCAGAGGCACGGCUGUCCUUGCACGAAGCCUGCUCUGCUAAGGCGCCCAGUGCUGAGUCUGUCCGAGAGCCUCACCUGGCCCCCGGGAGGGAUGGGCGUUCAGUGCUGAGCAGCAGGUGCCAUUGUCUUUCCCUGAGCUCUGAAGAAGGCGAGUGGCCCUGGCACGGGUCCAGGAGAUGGGCCCCGCUGCCCAGGACCGUCGCUUGGCCGUGUCACCUCCCAGGGGCCAUGGGACUCCUCUAAGCCUCAGAGUGCUCAUCAACCACUGAGGCAAUAAUUGUCAACCCUACGUCAUUCGGUUUUACUGGAAUAAAAUAAUGCUGGACUUCCCAUUCGUUAGACGGUCGGGGAUAUUUAGGUCGACAGCUCAGCUUUACCUAUUUUCUUCCUAAAGUG